AUGGCAACAAUCACCACCCCUCCAGCCCCCCCACCAACAACAAACGGCACCCCCACCCCCGACACCCUCUUCUCCCCCACCCUAAUCUCCCCCACCGUCCUCGCCGCCCUGCCCGAAGGCUACACCAUGCGGCCGCUGCAACGCUCCGACUUCCACCACGGCUUCCUCGACGUGCUGCGCGUGCUGACGGUCGUGGGCGAGGUGACGCAAGAGGAGUUUGACGAGCGCUUCGACCAGAUGAAGGCCGGGGCGGGCGGGUAUCAUAUUCUGGUCAUUUUGGAUGGGGAGGAUAAGAUUGUGGGAACGGGGGCGUUGAUUGUGGAGCGGAAGUUCAUACAUCACCUUGGACUUGUUGGGCAUAUUGAGGAUAUUGCUGUUGCAAAGGAUCAGCAGGGCAAGAAGCUUGGGUUGAGGAUUAUUCAGGCUCUGGAUUAUGUCGCGGAGAAGGUGGGAUGCUACAAGACGAUUCUGGACUGCUCCGAGGCGAAUGAGGGCUUCUAUGUCAAGUGUGGGUUCAAGAGGGCGGGGCUGGAGAUGGCGCAUUACUACGGACAAAUACCUUGA